CGUUGCAGGAGUCUGGUCACCUGCUGCCAUCUAGCGGUGAUCACGUCCAGCACAUAAUAGGACACACCUGUUGAUCUGUAAUUUAUGUGGCUGCCAACUGAGCGCGCGUUGCAUGGUCGCCUCAGAUUGAGCCUUUGCUUUGUUAACACUGACAGUGUUGGUCUACAAUGAUGAAGACAAGAGGGGUGAAAGACACCAGUCCCGUUUGGAGACUUUGUGCAUUUGAGAAGCGGACUUUAAUGUUGCUGUUAGAUAAAACAUAAACGAAAUACUUUCAAACGCAAAGUAAUCCACAUUGAUUGACACACCAAACCACCUGUGCGUUCAGAGGCAACGUGGGUCUCAGUUGAGAUCAUCAAUUCUACAAAAUUCCGCCUUCAUGUCCUCUGGGAUGAAAUGUCGCAGAUAAGUCUGACCACACAAUCAAACGGGACGGAGGUUUACCCUGUGACAAACCUGACUUUAGUGGUUCUUUUGCUCAUACCUUGUGUGGUCAUUCUGCUCCUGCUGAACUGCCUGUUCCUGGGUUACAAGUUGCUGAACCUGUCGGAGAAGAAGCACAGGCGCAAGCGAGAGGACGCAGAGGAGAUGCUUCUGCAGUCCACCCUGCAGAGAGUCAGAAGAGUGUCGGAUGUGGCUUUCCCCUCGCUGCAGAGGAGAGCCUACAUGUCUCUGUCGGAGCCCGUCUUGCCGCAUCCCGUCACCUCUUCCAGGGCUUCCUCCAGGGAGAGGGCCGGAGGGGAUCACAGGAUCCGGCUCCUGGUGCCAGAUGGCGCCACCGGCUCGGGGUCGAUGAGGGCACCGAGCACCAUCCGGGCCACCUCCUCUGCUGCUGUUUUCACCCCGAGACUCGACCUGCCCUCCGGACCACGGAUGUACAGCACCGGUAAAGCGGGGUGGUGUAAAAGCGCGCCAGUUUUACCGCAGUCCAGUGGUUCAGAGGCUGAAACCAGACUGAACCUUGUUCCGCCAAACACUCCCACGGAGGAGACGGAACAUGUGGGCCAUCUUCGUCGGAGCAGUACAUUCCAGAUGCUGACAGAUGUGAACCCAGGCGUUAUGUUUGACAAAGUGGGCAUGGAGUGCGAGUUCACCGACCCGCCUUCAGAGGCCUCCUACCUGAACACAUCUGCAGUGGGUCCUGGACUGGACAGCGACUUUGGUGCAAGUGCAGGCGUCUCCCUGCGGAUUCUGUCAGCAGAUAGUGACGGUCUGUCCAACGGUGUCCUGGCCUCAGCCCUGGAGUGGGAUUAUUAUGACCCUUGCUAUGUCAAACAGAAUAAUCUACCCAAACAUAAACACCACAGACCCGCAGUGCACACCAAACAGUACUGGGUGUAAAAUGUUCCAGCUGUCAAGUGUGAUCUUUUAAUGUUAAUUUAUUUUUAAUGACUUAUUUAUUUAUAUUUAAAUAACGUGUGCUUUAGUCUUUCAUUUAUUUUGUCUCACUUAUAAUCACUAUUUUGAAAUUGACACAUUAAAUUGACACAUUUGCUGAUAAGAAUGCACUCCGCCACUGAAUUUGUUCAACUUGUGAAAUAUUUACUGGGCACCUUCACUUGUGUUAUUGUGAAAUAUGCACUUGGUCACUUAAGUUUAUCUAAAUUAGUCACCAUCUUAUUAACACGGCUGUUCUGUCGGUUCUGAAUUUCACGAACCAUUCACAUUAUUUAUACUCACUUCUAUUGAUUUAAAUGUUUUCAUUUACUCUGUGUAAUAAAGACUAAUUUAG